AUGUCCAGGAUUUACACGAGAUCAUCGAACGUCUGCAUAUGGCUUGGGGAAGACGACAAUGCAGACGAGCGUGCAAUCAAAUUCAUACGCAAGAAGAUCACGCAUCUGAAGGAUUUCGAUACGAUUAGUUCCAACGAAAUCUAUAGUGAAGAUUGGCACGCAUUGAUGAUGCUGAUGCAGAAAGAGUGGUUUUCCCGUCGCUGGGUCGUUCAAGAGAUUUCCCUCGCCAAAAACGCUCGUAUCCACUGUGGCCCAUACUCCAUCCCCUGGAAAGAGUUCGCAGUUGCUGUAGAGCUAUUUGUGGAGGUCGAGACCGCUACGCAUCGAUUGUCGGAGGUGAUGUGGAAGGACAAGAAGUUUCUGCAUGUACCUGGUAUGUUCGAAUACGUCUCAGAACUUGGAGCCAGUCUUCUUGUAGGAGCAACAGGCAAGAUCUUUCGUACUCACAAAACCCCAAUGGAUGAUGAUCAUGGCGAUGACGAAACCGCUGAAGAUAUGGUGGCGUGGAUGGAAGAGGUACACACGAUCGAUCCACUGGACCGAAGAAGCCUUCUCAGCUUGGAGUAUCUGGUCACGACCAUGUUCAUCUUCAGAGCGACCGAAUGUCGAGACUCGAUCUACUCCAUGUUGGCUAUAGCCAGAGACGCUGCACCGUUCGCAGAUCCGGACCGGUCUUAUGAUGAUGUAUCACUUACAAUGACACUCUUCGAUUCUUUCCUCGCAGAAAAGCCAUUCCGAGUCGACUACGCCAGACCAUACUCAGAUGUUUGCCGAGAUUUUGUCGAGUUUUGCAUCCAGCGCACACAUGCGCGUGAACCAGUGCAGGCACUGGAUAUUCUUUGUCGCCCCUGGGCAUUGGAGCCGCCACAAGGUAGAUCUAUACGUCUGUCGCCGGAACGUUCAACUAGGAACCGAGGACAGGAGCGCCUGAAACCUCAACGCGAGGUACCAUGGAAAAGAUUAGUUUGCCAAGUGAAGUGGGAACCAAGGCAGCCCGAGUGGUCACUAGAAAAGCCCGAGUGGACGUAUGAGAAGCCUAGAAAGAUUGAGAGAAAUGAUUGGAUCGAUGAUGACCGUGAAAUGGAAGAAUACUGGGAAGAAAAUAGGAAAAAGGAAAUAGGAGAUGUGACAGAACCUUGGACGUAUACUUCCUGGACACACACUCUUCUCAUGUCCCAUAAAGUUACGUGGAAGAAACCUGAGGGAUGGGACAAGGUCGAAGCGCUCGUUGCGGUGUCAGCCAAACGUGGACCAGCAAGGAAAACAUCACCGGAAGAUAUCGAUCGCGAUCUAGACUUGCCGUCAUGGGUGUGUCGCGCCAAGAAGGCACCAUUCGAGCUUUAUGCACAUCCCGGUAUGCACAUCAAGAAGACUGGAAGAGCCAAUGCAAACCCCCUGGUUGGAGAACCAGCGGAUGGUCAUCGAAACUACAGCGCUGCGCAAACCAAAGGCUUGACACUCAAAUCUUCUGAGGGCUUCAAAUUUCGAAAAAGACCGUGCGCAUGUCACUAUAGCCUCUAUGUUCGGGGGUUCGUCAUCGAUGCGGUGAAAACAGUAGUGGAAGCUUCACAGGGAGGAAACAUUCCUAGAUCUUGGCUCGAUUUGGGUGGUUGGGAAUCACCGUAUGACAACGAUCCACCGGGCGAGCUCUGGCGAACGCUUGUCGCUGAUAGAGGCAAUGACAAUCGGAAUCCGCCCAACUACUAUGCCAGAGCUUGUCGAGAAUCAGUGAGCAGAGGAGGCAUUGCGAGUGGUAGGGUCGAUACCACAGCUCUUAUCAACAACGAACGCAAUUCGAUUAUCGCAGAGUUCUGCCGAAGGGUACAUGCUGUCAUAUGGGGUCGAUCCAUGUUCAGAACUGAAUCUGGAAAACUUGGGAUCGCAUGUAGUGACGUGAAGGUUGGUGACAAGAUCUGCAUUCUCUAUGGAUGUACAGUGCCAGUCAUCUUGAGCGUUCAACACAAAACACCUGCACAACGAAAGCAGGAUGAGUUCGAAGACCAUUUUGAGGCAUUUAAAUCUUGCUACGAAAGGUUGGAGAGAAUCAUGGUGCGAAGAUAUCGGUAUAACAAGAAGAAGUCGAAGGAUCCAAUGUGGGAGGCGCAGGUCAAAUCAAGUACUGAAAGGCUCAAGAAUGAACUGGACUUGUUAAGACAACACGCUAAAGAAGACCACGAACGACAGAGGGAAAGGGCCAUCACCAGGGAGAUAAUCAGGGCCAAGCUUAAAGGGAAAGAGAAGGUCAUACUCAGCGAGCAGGACAAAGAAGAAGAUGAACAAAGCAAGAAAAAAAAGCAGGAUACUAAGCAGCAGACCAACGUUUCCGUGGCGACCAGAUUCCUUCAUUUCUUCGUGGACAUGGUCUGGAUCAUCAUCUCCUGUGCCAUCUAUUUCGCAUCAAGAUACUUUGACCUCCCCAACUGGGCCGCCACCCUUGCUCCAGUCGUCAUAACCACGCUAGCCAGUCUGUCCGAAUACGUACCGCUUGAUCUGGAAGCCAGCUUGAAGCAUGACGCGUCUCCGGAUGAAGAUCCAGACCUCGAUGCUAACAGACACUAUAUCUUCAAGGGUGAAAGCUAUGUCCAUGGUUUUAUGGACGGGGAAGCAUUGCGUGCUAAAUUCUACAAGGAAGGGAGUGCAGAAGAUCGGAUUUUCGAGCUUAGAUGA